CGCGUGCAGCCAUGGCCGCCGCCUUCAGCAGCGACGGGGAGGUCGCGCUGCAGCGGGAGCUGCGCCCGGCGGCGGCGGCGGCACCGCGGGGCGACCUUGACGCCUUCUACGAGAUGGGCCGGGCCGCCGCCUUCGUGCGGGACGGCGGGUUCCGCAAGGUCGCCCUCCAGUUCCCCGACGAGCUCCUGGCGGACGCGGCGGCGGUGGCGGCCCUGAUGGAGGAGGCGACGGGGGCCGAGAUGUUCGUGCUGGGAGACACCACGUACGGCAGCUGCUGCGUGGACGAAGUGGCCGCCGAGCAUGCGGGUGCCGAGGCGGUGCUGCACUACGGCCCGGCCUGCCUCAGCCCCUGCGAAAAGCUGCCGGUGCUGCACAUCUUCGGGCGGCAGCCGCUGGACGUCGGGCGCUGCGCGGAGGCUUUCCAGGAGCUCUACCCCGAGCGCCAGAGCCGCGUCGUGGUGCUCUGCGACGUGGUCUAUGCACAUGCGAUGGGUGAGCUGGAGCAGCAGUUGUGCCCCGAGUAUCCCAACAUCACCUUCUCCAGGCUGGAGUGUGGGGACCCUCCCGCCCCGGCGCUGCCCGGGGAGGAGCGCAGGUUUGGCCGCCGGUUCCUGGUGGAGGCUCCAAGGGGGCUGCAGGACUACGCCAUGUUCUAUGUGGGGGCCGAGGGCCUGGCCCUCACCAGCUUCAUGCUGACCUGGAACCGCUGCCCCUUCAGCUCCUUUGACCCCACCACGGGCCGUGGCCGCCGCGAGACUCUCAACGUGAACCGAGCACUGAUGCGCCGCCUGUACCUGGUGGAGCGGGCGCGGGAUGCGCGCGUGGUGGGGAUCCUGGUGGGCACCCUGGGCGUGGCGGGGUACCUGGCCCUGCUGCAGCGCCUGCGGGAGCUGCUGCGCCGCGCCGGCAAACGCAGCUACACCCUGGCCGUGGGGAAGCCCAACCCUGCCAAGCUGGCCAACUUCCCAGAGGUGGACAUCUUCGUCCUGGUGGCCUGCGCUCAGAACUCCCUCCUGGACUCCAGUGACUUCUACCGGCCCGUCGUGACCCCCUACGAGCUGGAGCUGGCCUGUAACCCGGCCCGAGAGUGGACAGGGAACUACCUCACGGACUUUCGAGACCUGCUGCCGGGUGCCUGUGCGCACAUGGAGCUCCCACCGGCCGUCCCCGCGGCAGAGGCCAUUCCCGACGUCUCGCUGAUCACGGGAGAGAUGAGAGCCGCCCACCUCUGUGACCCCCCGGCCUCCCAGCCGCCGUCCAGCACCACCCUGGCCUGCAGGGACCAGUCAUGGGCCCUCACGGAGAUCAGCCCUGCUGCCUCCUUCCUGGAGUCCCGCAGCUGGCGGGGCCUGGAGCAGCAGCUGGGACAGACGCCCGUCUCCAAGGCUGUGCAGGGCCGGCGAGGGAUUGCCAUUGCCUACGAGGAUGAAGGGUGUGAGCAACCCUGAUGUGGCAGCAGCAUCAGCACCAAGCCAGGAGCAGGGUUGUGUUGCAGCCUGGGCAUUGCCUGCUGCUGGGUGUUGGACCCACAGGGGCCCAGACCUGCUGCCAGCUGGCCCUGUGCUGGAUGCAGCCUUGGGUCAGUAGUACUGCAGUGGGAGAGCAGGAAUUGCAGGUGUGUUUGGGAAUGCCUGUGGCACCCUGAGGCUCAUGGCCAGGGCAACAGCAGGGCCAGAUAUGGGUCUCAGUCCCAGCCUCCGAAGGAUUCCUGGUCCAGGGCAGCUUUGGCCCUACAUGGAAAGGUCACAGCUUUGCAAGACCUGACAGUACCAUGACUUGAGGCCUUUGUGGGCUGCUGCUGCUAACUGAAGCUGACCUGAAGAGGACUUGCAAGAGAAUGGUUUUUUAAAAUAAAACAUGG